UCAACUCCUCUCUGACCCCCCCAACACCCCCCGGUGGCGCCUCCCUGCAUGCGGCGACCCUGCCCGCGGCCCCCGGCCGCCGCGAGUCUGCCGCGGGUGCUGCUGGCGCUGGCGCUCCCGGCGUUCGCCAGCUUGGCGCGCCCAGCGCUCCCCGCGGGGGCCGCGGCGAGGAUCGCGGCCAGCGAGGCCGCGAGCCUGCUCGGGGUGGCCGUGGGCACCACGGGGGGCGCGCUGAAGACACGCUCCGACGGAAGAUCAAAGAGAACCACCCAUAACGUCGUGAAGGAUGACGGGACGCGGCUGCAAAAGGUCAGGGAGGCCUACGCCGUGCUCGACGCGGACAACGUGCCGAGCAACUGGAACCUCGAGGACUUCGAGCCCCACAGUCGGUCGCGGGCCCCCCGCAGGGCUUCCUCGCCUGCCACGGGCAACGUGGGCAGCUGGUCCACCCCUCCGCCCAGAGGAAGGCGGCAGAGAUGGAGGAGGAGAGGUGGCGGAAGUCGGCGGCCAGUGCAGCGCCGAGCUCUGAGGAAGAUCGGGCCAGGCGGCGCGCGAACGCAGCCGAGUUGGAGAGGCAGGGCUGGGUGAAGAAUCUGAUGAACGAGCAGAUAGACAAUCAGGUUUUCCAGUCGUCGCGGCCCGGUCAAAAGGCACCCACGCUGACGAUGGAUUGGUACCGGGCAAUGACCAACAUCCGUGUCAGGGCGGAGCCGAACGUGCAGAGCCCUGCCUUGGGCACUCCCGUUGGGCCGGCGAAUUCGCGAGGGCGAGACAGUUCAGGUCAACGCCGAGCUGGUGGAGAGUGGGCAGAAGUUCUUGAAGCUCAAAAACCAGGACGGGUGGGUCUUUCAGAGGGGAGUCUCUGGCGAGUGGAAGGGCAAGCAGAUACUGGUGAGGUUCUGAAGCACUAGCCCAUGUGAGUAGCAUCUGCUCUCUGCGACAGCCUCCUUUGUAUAAUUCAGCGUUCGCAAGGCAUGCGUAGAGUUUUACAGUUUCGGAUGUAGCCCGAACUUGCUUUCUGCAAAGUAAGCGCCGGCUAACUGCCUGUGUGAUUGGCUUGGUGAUGGAUUGUCUGGACUGACGUGGUGAGCCCUCCUGGGGCCAUCUUAUAAGCCAUCCUGGACCAUCUUGGAGUCAAUGGUGCCAGCCGCAGUGACGACGCCAUCGCCGACGCCGUCGCCGCGUCAGCCAGCCGCAGUGAGCUCAGACAUGCCCGACCUGACUUCUGCGCCUUCCUGCCCGCCAGGCCGGCGCCUCCGUGUAGGGCGCGCGCGGCCUCUCGCGGAAGGGGCGCGGCGCACGCACGCCCCCGCACGCGCGCCCGGGGGGCGCCUCGCGGCCCGGCGCGCCCUUUUGCGUGCGCGGGCUCCGGCGCGUCGAGGGCUUUUCGGGGCUUUGCUCGGGGGCCCCCAAACGGUGUGGUGACCACACCGUGCGGUGAGUCGGUGGGGAUUUGGGGUCACCGCACGGUUUUGGGACUCGAGUCGUUCUCCGAGGACGUCUCGGGCGACUGGGGCAUCUGAGGUCCCAAAACCGUGCGGUGACGGACCGUGCGGUGAGG